AUGGUAACCCAUGGUGGGAACCUGGUGUUUCGAGAUCCUGCAGACUGCAGUUGCAGUGGAAAUGGAGAUGGGUUUACUUUCUUCCUUGCUCCCACUGGUUCCGUAAUCCACAGUUAUUAUGGAGGUGCUGGUCUUGGUCUUUUCAACAACACACCAGAUGACACUGCUCCACCAAAUAAUUCCAUCGUUGCAGUAGAGUUCGAUACUCACGAGAAUUUAUGGGACCCAGAUUCCAAUCACAUAGGUAUCGACAUCUCUUCCGUCAGAUCUGUAAAAACUUCCUCAUGUGAGUGGCCUAUUUGGGAUUUGAUGAGAGAUGAUGCUAAACCUUGGAAGGCUUGGGUUAUUUAUGAUUCAAUUUCCCUAAAUUUGAGUGUUGUGUUGACUGCUUGUUAUAAUAAAUCUCUGCCCUGUGAGAACUGUAGCCUUAACUAUAAUGUUGAUCUGAGGCGUUAUCUUCCAGAACAGGUCACUAUUGGGUUUUCUUCAUCCACAAGAGAUUCCGCCGAGCUACAUCAGCUCAACUCCUGGGACUUCAGUUCCAGUUUGGAGAUUGUUAAGGGAAGAAUAAAUAUAGGGGUGGUGGUAGGAUUGGCUGUGGGCGGUGCUGCCGCCGUGAUUGUUGUCUUGAUGGGUUUGCUUUUGUUUAUCAGGCGGAGAAAGAAACAAGAUGACGUGAUCUUAAAUGUGCCCAUGGGACCUAGGGAGUUCACUUGUGCUGAAUUGGCUCGAGCAACUAAUCACUUUGACGAGGAACAAAAGCUUGGAGAGGGAGGAUUUGGAGGUGUUUACAGAGGCUUCUUAAGUGAUGUCAACAAGGAUAUUGCUGUGAAGAGGAUCUCUAAGGGGUCUAAACAAGGUAUAAAGGAAUAUGCAUCGGAGGUGAAGAUCAUUAGUCGAUUGCGUCAUAGGAACCUCGUCCAACUUAUUGGUUGGUGCCACCAACGGAAAGAGCUACUUCUUGUGUAUGAGUUCAUGCCCAAUGGAAGCCUUGAUUUCCAUCUAUUUCAAAACAGAGGUUCCUUGACAUGGGAUUUGAGGUACAAGAUAGCUCUUGACUUGGCCUCUGCAUUACAGUAUUUGCACGAAGGGUGGGAACAAUGCAUCAUCCACAGGGAUAUUAAAUCUAGCAAUGUAAUUCUAGAUUCCAAUUUCAAUGCCAUACUUGGGGAUUUUGGUUUGGCUACCUUGUAGAACAUGAGGAAGAGUCACGAGGAACCACCAUUAAUGUAGCUGGUACCACAGAAGGAUAUAAUAUGGUGUCACAAACAA